UAAACCGCUGCUUUCUCAAUUGCACGAAGCAACCUCUCUUCUCUCUCUCUCUCACAGUUCGUCGUUUCUCGAAUCUCGUCGCUACGUGACCUCGCAGAUCAAAAUCUGAAUCCCACUCUCAUCAUCGGAGAAACAUGCACGGCCGUCCAAGGAAGGUUUACAAGCCAGAAGAGGAAGCAGCCUCCGCUGCUAAAGCCGCCAAGCUCCGGGCUCUCCAGUCUCAGUUCAUGUCCUAUCACCAUAACAAAAUUUAUACAAAGGAAGCUGUUGACUUGAGCACGAAGCUCUUAGAGAUCAAUCCGGAGGCGUACACCGCGUGGAACUACCGGAAGCUCGCCGUGGAGGAUAAGCUUUCUCGAAUCGAGUCUGAUCCUGACUUGGUCAAGACUAUUCUCGAUGAAGAACUUAGUGUGGUAGAAAGUGCUUUGAAGCAGAACUUCAAGUCGUAUGGUGCUUGGCAUCAUCGGAAGUGGGUUUUGAGUAAAGGCCAUUCCUCCAUAGGGAAUGAAUUGCGGCUUUUGGAUAAAUUUCAGAAGCUGGAUACCAGGAACUUUCAUGCUUGGAACUAUCGCAGGUUUGUUGUGGAGCUUACCAAUAGGUCAGAACAGGAUGAGUUGCAAUAUACAGACGUUAUGAUCGGUUCCGAUUUCAGCAACUAUUCCGCAUGGCAUAAUCGUAGUGUACUUCUUUCAAGUUUGCUUGCAAGAAAGGUUGACGGGUUCUUGCCAAAUAAAAAGAUUCCUGAUGAAUAUAACCUUGUACAUGAUGCUAUUUUCACGGACGAAGAUGACCAAAGUGGGUGGUUUUAUCAUCUCUGGCUACUUGAUCAAACUGUUAAUGUGGAGACUCCUCUCCUCACUUCCUCCUGGCCUUCACACGGUUCCUGUAUCAAUCUAUCUGCUGGGUGCUUAAAUGACUCUUUUUCUGAGCCGGGUUCUUUUCCACUAAUUAUUUACUUUAACCAAGCUGUUGGUGGAGUGAGCUCGUCUACUGUUACGGUUGAUACUGAACUGAAAGGAAAUGAAGACCUUGUUUGGGAACCAGUUUCAAAGAAAAACUCUCAGGUGUCUUGUGUAUGGGUUGCUCGUCUUAAAUAUAUGAGUUCAGAACCAUGCUUUCGCAAGGAAUACAAAGUGAAGGUCAGAAUUGGGGACUCUCCAGGAAUUGUUUCUUCCAGAGGAUGUAACUUCAGCGCUCCUUAUGAGUUCAUCUUUACAGCGCAUGUUCAUGACACCCUUGAAGAGUCGCAAGGAGGCAUUGUUUCAUGGACGGACGGUUUUGACAUCUGGGAUGCGGAGUCAAAGGAUUUGAACUCUCUUGUUAACUUGGAUCAAUCAAAUGCUCAGUUGGAUUCUAAAUGGCGUCAGGAAGCUAUAGCGGAAGAAAUUGACUUGUUCCGUGAAUUGCCUGACAGCAAAAUUGGAAAGCUCACUCUGGCAAGGCUUUUGAUGGCUAAAGCUAUGAUAUCGGAUGCUGCUGUUAAGGGUGUUCACUAUAACGAAAUCCUCGACCUGUAUAAAGAUCUAAUGGUGCUGGAUUCUUCGCACUAUCAGUAUUACAAGGAUGAGCACAGCGUAGCUUUGCUCCGCAAGGUGACUUCAAGCACUGAAGAUUUGUCAGGACGCCUCUUUCGAUACAGGAAUAUGAACAACUCUGUAUGUCUACGGUUAAAUAACUUAUCGUUAUCUCGGAUAGCCUCUGUCGAGAAGUUGCUGUUUGUCCAAAUGUUAGACCUUAGUCACAAUGAGCUUCAUUCAACUGAAGGAUUGGAGGCAAUGCAACUUCUCUCUUGCCUAAAUCUGAGUCACAACAGAAUCCGGAGUUUUUCAGCUCUGGACUCACUGAGACAUUUGAAUCAGCUGAGAGUGUUGAAUGUUUCACACAACCACAUCGGUGAGCACUCAGUGGACACAACACGGUACCUUUGUUCUUCACCGCUCUCUAAUUCUGAGUGCACUCGGGAUGAAGUUGGUAGACAGAUGCCUAGUUUGGUCACUAAAUACUGGGAUGCGUAUUUCGUCUUAAGAGAUCUGAAUCUCAAACAGUUAGAUAUAACAGGCAACGCAAUCGCAGGGGACGAGUUCAGGUCUUUUGUCCUACAGGUUGUGCCAAAGCUUGUAUGGAUCGAUGGCAAGAAACUUGAGAGUUAGAUCAUAGGCCAAGGUUUUUUUGCUUUAUUUAUGGCUCAUCAAACUUGGGAUGAUGCUUGUUGUUGUGAUUUAUUUCUUAACAAUCUUGUUAAAUGACCUUCUAUAAUGACUCUGCACCCUUUGUUUAACACAUUUAAAGGACCUAUGUGUAGGGAUGCUCUUUUCUCUG